AUGUAUUGGGCUUCAGUUGCCGCCGCCGCGCUGCUUGCGCAGAAUGCCGCUGCUCAGAACAUGCUGCGCUUUGCAUGCUCCCAGCUCGUCGUCGAGCGCACCGAUCCCCUUGUCAACCCCGGUAUGAAAUACACGCCGCAUCUGCACCAGAUCGUUGGUGGAAACUCAUUUAACGUCACAAUGGACCCUUCCACACAUGACCUGGCGGCACUAUCGACUUGCACGUCGUGCACCUUCAAGGAAGAUCUUUCCAACUACUGGACUGCUGUCAUGUUUUUCAAGCACAAGAACGGCAGUUAUAUCCGUGUGCCUCAGGUUGGCAAUGGAGGGCCGCAGGGACAUCUGGCGCAGGAUGGUGGCCUUGAUGUCUACUACAUCCCCAGUGGGAAGACCACCGCCUUUAAGAAGGGAUUCCGUAUGCUUGCUGGUUCCGCAACCAACACGGAUGCGAGCAAAGUUAGCAAAGGAAACAUUUGCCACCGCUGCUGGACUUCGACGAGCGAUAACCAAUUCGUUGGUGGCGCUCCUUGCAGUGGAAGUGACACGGUCGACAUCCCUGCAGACCCCAAGUGCAAGAUGAUCCGCCAGACCAUCAUCUUCCCAACAUGCUGGGACGGAAAGAACCUUGACAGCCCUGACCACCAGAGCCACGUCGCUUACGGAGGUGCAACAGGUGCCGCAGGGGGUGCGAGCAAGUGCCCAUCGACUCACCCUGUCAAGCUGCCCCAGAUCAUGUACGAGCUCAUGUGGAACGUCACACAAUUCGCCGACAAGAGCCAGUGGCCCACUGAUGGUAGCAACCCCUUCGUAUACAGCAUGAACAUUGGCGGCUCUGCUGCCCACGGAGACUACGUUUUUGGCUGGAAGGAUGACACCCUCCAGAAGGCCAUGGACAACGGCUGCAACCUCAAUAAGGACUGCACGAAGGCUGGCAUCCACGCCCAGGCGGAGUCUGCAUAUAGCGCAUGCAAAGUCAAGCAGCAAGCCCCAGAGGAUGUCGAUGGCUGGCUCAAGGCUAUGCCAAUGGGCGAGAUGUCGGUAAAGGCUUAA